GCUUCAUUCCCUGUGAUCCACACAGAAACAUUUUCAGAGGCAAAAGUCAGGAAAAAGCAACUUUCAUUUGUGAAGUUUGAACAAAAUGAGAUUCAUUGCAAAACUCCCCGUCGCCUUUUUGGUUUUGUUUGUUGAAUGCGCACAAGGUCAAAACAACAAAUGUGAACUCCCACGUGACAAACAUGUGUAUAUCCCUACGUAUUACUUUAAAGGAGAUUUGAAACUGGGGGCAAAAAGAUCUUAUAAUUGUUUGCCUGGAUAUCGUAAAUUGGCAGACCGGGCCAUGUGUACACAAGAUGGUUGGAAACCAGAUCCAUUGUGUUCUGAAAUCAUGUGUGAAGCACCAGAAAUCCCAAAUGCACAGAUAAUUGGAAUUCAGAAAAAAAACUACAGAAUGUCUGCAUCGGUACAAUAUCACUGUCUUUUUCAACCUGAGUUGCCCAUUCAAAUUACCUGUGGUCCAGAAGGUAAAUGGAGAGGCAUACAGGCCUGUACUGAUGGCACCUGUCAAGAACAAGAACUCAAAAAUGUUAAAAUUAUAUUUGGAUACCCAAACGUCACAGCACCUUAUUCAUCUGGACAUGUCUUAGUUUUUUUAUGCACUGAUGACAACAUGAAGAUGUACGGCCAACGAGCAAUUGAAUGCCAGUCAGAUAACAGGUGGAGCAAACCAUAUCCACAAUGUCGAGGAGCAGUUCAGUGCUCCACACCAUCAAGGCAAUUGCAGUUUGUGACGCUGUUAAAUGAGAAAGAUGUUUACAACAACUUGGAUUUCUUAAGAUACAAGUGCAGUAGCCCGUACAAUGAAACAUCAGAAGGAGCUUUGAUGUGUCAAAAUGGGAAAUGGAAUGGAACGUUCGUAUGCACAAGUAGAACCUGUCCACCUCCACCCUAUCUUGAAAAUGGAGAUUACAUCAUCAAGAAUCAGAACAAUGAUGUCAUCACAGAGGUUCAUUAUACUUGCCAAUCUUACUACGUUCUGAGCCAACAAAAAGAAUCUUACAAGUGUGAGAACGGGAGAUGGGACACACCUCCAAAUUGUCUGAAGCCUUGUAGUAUUAAUGAGGCUGUUGAGAUGUACAAUCUACAACCCCCUGGAGAAAACCUCUAUGUAAAGCACAAUAGCAAGCAUAGACUAAAUUGUACAUCUGGAUGGAUUGCUGGAGAUGUGAUAAAACAAACAUAUGUGGAUGUACAGUGCUCUGAUGGGAAUUUACAAAUCGACAAAAGCUGUGAUAUAGAACGUAUCUGAAAACAAACCGGAAGGGAAACCGAGCUCAUAAAACUGAGUUAUAUUUUAAAGAAUUUCACAGGGUUGUUACUUAAUAUGGAUGGGUGAAUAAAGACUCAUGUUCCACUUAUGUAAUUCAACAACUUUUUUAAUUAAAUGCAUCCUAAUAAGAGUUGUUGGUGUAUUCCAAUACAAAUGUAAAUAAAUUAAAGUGACCCUUCUUCAAUUACA